GAAGAUUGAAUGCAGAUUUUGAGCCUCUUCAUUUGCUGUCCUUAAUCUUAUUCCUUUAUACAUACAGUACUGUACAUCCCUGACUUUUUUUGUACUACAGCUUGGGCCUCAUCUCAUCUGUAUAUCCCUUUCUAGGUGCGGCAGCUGUAGCGCCAAAGCAGCUAGAUAUCCCUCUCAUGUGCCAACUGUAUAUCAAAUGAUUGUCAACGUAUAAAGAUUCUAUAUUCACCAUGAUGCUGUGAUUCAUAUCGUAAUUCUAUAUUGUCCCAUUAUCCAUUUGCAUAUAUCAGUCUUGGGCGAUAUUUACUGCGGGUGUCAGGUUUGCUGAAUGCUAAGGUACGGAGGUAAGAAAAGGACAGAUUAGUAGAGAAAAUGUGCCCAUAUGUAUGUGGAGACAUAAUACCACUCCAGAUAUUAAGAUGGAAGCCUUAACAACUGAAUGACAUUACAGAGCAGCUGUACAGGACAAGUCACGUCAGCCAUGUCACCCACAAGGAAUGCAAAGCUGUCUCUGCACUAAUGCUGGUUCACUUCUACUGGUCUGACACUGGGAGGAGAAUUGGAGAACCACAAGUACCAGCCUCCGCUGCUGGGAAAGAAGUAUAGAUAUGGAUGUCGGUGGAUUCAAAAGUAACUAGAGGAUGCUGAUUGGUCCAAACCUAAUACUUCUUGGGAUCUGGUUCCUGACAGAUGUCAGUGGAAGUGAUUGCCCUGUACAAUGUAAAUGUAUAUACUUGACUGAUAAUACAUUACGGGUGGACUGCAACUCCCAGAACUUGAAGGUCUUUCCAUCCCUACCCAGGGAAACAGAAGAGCUGUACCUACAGGAGAACCUAAUAUCAGUAGUCCCUGCUGGAGCAUUUGAUAACUUGAUAAACUUAAAAAAGUUGAAUUUAUCUUCCAACCCAUUGCAUUGUGACUGCAGGAUCCGCUACUUAAUAAUGUGGCUCUCUGAUGGAAACAUGGACGGAGUCAGCGGGAUAAGAUGUGUCUAUCCUGCUCCGCUGUAUGGAAAGCCAGUCAGCCAGUUAACAGAAAGUGAAAUCUCUUCUUGCUCGAGGCACACAAGACUCUGUUCAGACUUUCUAUUUAAUGAUGCUUUUCUUUACGCUCUCCUCUUCCCCUUGUUCUUUCUAAUGAUCUUAUGCUUGAGAACCUUCAAAAUGAUAAAGUUUGAAAUCAAAGUAAGUGAAAACGACAUUGAGUUAAGGACACAUCCGACUCCUAAAGUUGGUUUUCUUAAGAGAAGAUCUAUUUCAUAUUUAAAAGUCCAUUAAUUCCUUGAAGAUCUGUGAUGCAAUGUGUUUAUUUACAAAUUUUAGUUACAGAUAAAGUGACAAAUACACUUGGUAUGACUCUCUGUAGAUAGAAAUGUCCAGAGCCCAUGCAGAACCAAGCAUAACCUUGACAAAGAUAACGCUCACAGUUUUGUUCAUUAAUACUUAAAGGAGACCCCCUCCCCCCCAAAAAAAAAAAAAUAGAUGUUACUUUCAGUAAAUCGUAUAGGGCGCCCUGACACCUUUUCCAAUUUCUUGAUACGCCAUCCCACUCUCGAGAUAUUUGGGUGCAUAGUUUGUCUGACAAUUUCGAGAGCUGUCCGAACUUAAUUUUAUAAUGGGAGUGAAUAUAAUAUCUCAGGAUACGGAGGGCAUAUAAAGAAGCUAUAAGAAUCAGGCCAGCUAUUUAAGGAUAAUAACAUUUACAUUUAUGGGUCCAGUUAUAUUUUAACUGAGUACUUAGUGGUAUUGUUAAUAUUCAUGCCGGUAGCAGAGGACUAAAGGUUAUGUUCAUCUUUGUAUCUAUUUUUUAUUGUCUCAAUGCAUGAAAAGUUAAAGGGGUACUCCGGUGGAAAACUUUAUUUAUUUAUUUAUUUUUAAUCAA